GCCCCGCGGAUUGGCUGCCCCGGCCUGGCGGCCGCCGCGUCGCCCCGCCUCCAACCCCGCCGAGCGCCCCCAGUGGCUGGCGGCCGGCGUCGCCCUCCUGGCGGGAGAUUCCUGGGGCGCCGGGCGCAGGGCAGGGCGACCAUGGAGCAGCUGCGGGAUGUGCGGGAGCGGCUGCAGGCGUGGGAGCGCGCGUUUCGGCGGCGGAGCGGGCGGUUGCCGGGCCAGGAGGACGUGGAAGCGGCGCCCGAGGAGACCCGCGCGCUCUACCGGGAGUACCGCACCCUGAAGGAGGCACUGGGUCAGGCCGGCGGCGUCGGGCCUCACGGCUCGGAGCAGUCGCUUCCCGCGGCGGCGGCCGAGGAGAUGCUGGAGCCCAGCUGCUGGGGGCCCCACCUGAAUCGGGCCGCGACCCAGAGCCCCCAUCCUCCAUCAAGGCUCAGCUCUCAGGGAUCUGUGCAGGACUACGGGAAGAGGCUUAAGGCCAACCUAAAGGGCAGUCUGCAGGCUGGGCCAGCCCUGGGCCGAAUACCCCGGCUUACACGAAGAUCCUCCUCCAAGAUGCCUUCCCCAGGGCCACCAGGCACAGGAGCUGCCACCAUCUCUCCAGAAGAAGUCAGUGAGGUGCCCCCCCAGCCUCCCAGGCCCGAGCUGAGGCCAGGCCGGCCCCAGCAGUUGAGGGCAUCCCUGAGCCUGCGGCUGGGCUCCCUAGACCCAGGCUGGCUGCAGCGGUGUCACAACGGGACCUCAGAUUUUCUGGGGGUUCCCAGGGCCUGCCAGCCUUGCCUGGGUGCAGAAGAGUCCCAGCUUCUUACUCCAGGUGUUGCAUCUGUCUUCGGUCCCAGCGCUGGCCCUGAGGUGCCUUUACAGGGCCCAGAGACUCCAACCCUACUAGCAGCUGGUAUCAGUGCAGGAAACUCUCAGCCUGGUACCCGUCAAGGCAAGAAGCGGAGAUGGAGUGGGGAGCUGGAGGGAAGCCCUGCACAGACCCAGCAGGACAGCAGCCAAGCAGGACCCCUGCCUGCAGGAGCUGUGGCUGCAGUGGCUACAGAAGACUGUCCAGAGCAGCCUGUGCAGGCACAGCCCCCCAGCAAGCCCCCAGCCCCCAGGUAUCACUGCCCUAGCCCCAGCAGCGCUGCCUUCAGUCGCGCCAUGGUGGGGAGGGCUGUGGGUGCAGUCGACCUGUGCGUCUCUUCUAGACUUGCUGUCCAGAACAGGGGGAACUAUGUGCGACUCAACAUGAAGCAGAAACGCUACGUACGGGGCCCGGCCUCAAGGGGCAGGCUCCUUCGCAAGCAGGUAUGGAAGCAGAAGUGGCAGAAGAAAGGAGAGUGUUUUGGGGGUGGUCAGCGCAGAGCCACAGCCCAGGAUUCUUGCUCCCAGUGUGGGCAGCUCAGUCACUGGGCAUCCCAGUGCCCUCAGCCAGGUGAAGAGGACACAGAGCCUGCGGGGUCUGAGCUGCUGGUGCCCACAGGGCAGUCUGUGCCCAAGGCUCCUUGUCCGCCUCCUGUGCCACCACUCUAUCCGCCAGGGCCUUUGGGGCAGGUGGUAGACACGCCAGCUGAGGUGCUUCAGGCCCUGGAGCAGCUGGGGCACCAAGCCUUCUACCCUUUGCAGGAGCGUGUGGUCAUGCGGAUCCUGUCUGGUGUGUCCACGUUGCUGGUACUGCCCACGGGGGCUGGUAAGUCCCUGUGCUACCAGCUCCCCGCACUGCUCUACUUCCGGCGAAGCCCCUGCCUCACGCUGGUCGUUUCUCCUCUCAUGUCGCUCAUGGACAACCAGGUUUCCGGCUUGCCCCCAGGCCUGAAGGCGGUCUGCAUCCACUCGGGGAUGACCAAGAAGGAGCGGGCCUCCGCCCUGCAGAAGGUUCGGUCAGCCCGGGUGCAAGUGCUGAUGCUGUCGCCAGAGGCGCUAGUUGGGGCGGGGGGCGCUGCCCUCCUCGCUCAGCUGCCACUGGUCGCCUUUGCCUGCAUCGACGAGGCCCACUGCCUCUCCCAGUGGUCCCACAACUUCCGGCCCUGCUACCUGCGUGUCUGCCAGGUGUUGCGCGAACGCGUGGGUAUAGGCUGCUUCCUGGGUCUCACAGCCACGGCCACGCGCAGCAGUGCCCUUGACGUGGCCCGGCACCUGGGCGUGGCCGAAGAGUCUAUCCUCAGGGGGCCGGGCACCAUCCCUGCCAACCUGCACCUCUCUGUGUCUUCGGACAGGGACCCAGACCAGGCUCUGGUGACGCUGCUGCAGAGUGAUCGUUUCCGUGCCCUGGACUCUGUCAUCGUCUACUGUAACAGACGAGAGGACACGGAGCGUGUCGCUGCCCUGCUGCGCACCUGCCUGCAUGAGGCCCAGGCCCCAGGAUCCCGAGGCCGAGCCCCGGAGGCUGUGGCUGAAGCCUACCACGCCGGCAUGGGCAGCAGGGAGCGGCGGCGGGUGCAACGGGCCUUCAUGGAGGGCCGGCUGCGGGUGGUGGUGGCCACGGUGGCUUUCGGGAUGGGGCUGGACCGGCCAGACGUGCGGGCCGUGCUGCACCUGGGGUUGCCCCCAAGCUUUGAGAGCUACGUGCAGGCUGUGGGCCGGGCUGGGCGUGAUGGGCAGCCUGCACAGUGCCACGUCUUCCUCCGGCCCCAGGGUGAGGAUCUGUGGGAGCUGCGCAGACACGUUCACGCCAACGUCAUCGACUUCCUCGCCGUGAAGAGGCUGGUGCAGCGCGUGUUCCCUCCCUGUGCUUGCGCCCGGCAGCCCCCAGAGCAGCAGGGAGACGAGAGCCAGGAAGGGCACUUGGCCAGGGUCCUCGUGGCUACAUCUCCCCAGGACGCUGACCAUCCCAGCCUUGAGCACACAACCCGGUGCCCGGGCCACAAGCGGGCGCUCCCGGUGCAGCCAACUGUGCAAGCCCUGGAUUUGCCCGAGGAGGCCAUCGAGACUCUGCUGUGCUACCUUGAGCUGCACCCACAGCGUUGGCUGAAGCUGCUGGCGCCCACCUAUGCCUGCUGCCACCUGCGCUGCCCCGGGGGCCCCACCCAGCUCCAGGCCCUGGCCCGCAGGUGUCCCCCACUGGCUGUGUGUUUGGCCCGGCAGUGCCCCAAGACGACAGGUGGGGGAAGCAGUUCUGUGGAGCUGGACAUGGUCGAGCUGGCAGACUCCAUGGGCUGGGAGCUGGCCCCCGUGCGGCGGGCUCUCCACCAGCUGCGGUGGGAUCCAGAGCCCGGGACAGGUGUGCCUCAGGGCACGGGGGUGCUGGUGGAGUUCAGGGAGCUGGCCUUCCACCUGCACAGCCCCGGGGACCUGACAGCCCAGGAGAGGGACCAGAUCUGUGACUUCCUGCACGGCCGCGUGCAGGCCCGUGAGCAAGAAGCCCUGGCCCGCCUGCACCGCACCUUCCGGGCUUUCCACAGCGUGGCCUUCCCCAGUUGUGGGCCGUGUCUGGAGCAGCCCGAUGAGGCACGCAGCGGCAGGCUCAAGGCCCUGCUCAGCCACUACUUCGAGGAGGAGUUAGAAGCACCGGGGGGCGUGGAGGCCGAGGAGGACCCUGAGCCAGGACAGGCCAGGCUCCAGGACUGGGAGGACCAGAUCCGCCGGGACAUCCGCCACCUCCUGUCCUCGUGGCCAGAGCAGCGGUUCUCAGGCAGGGCUGUGGCCCGGAUCUUCCACGGCAUCGGAAGCCCCUGCUAUCCGGCCCAGGUGUACGGGCGGGACAAGCGCUUCUGGAGAAAGUACUUGCACCUGAGCUUCCAUGCCCUCGUGCACUUGGCCACAGAGGAGAUCCUGCUGUGGGGCUGCUGACCACCCUGCCGCGGAAGGACCCAGUUCCCCCACGUCACAAGCACGGGCCUGAGCAGGGGCUGCGUGGCCACAGCGUGGGGGGGUAUCAGGUGCAGCAGGUCCUCAAGGCAAAGAUGGGCGUAGGUAUCAGUGGCCAGGACAGCGACCAACCACUCUGGACAAACGCCACCACCAGUAGCAUGGGGGCAAGGAGCCCCCAAAGUGCAGAAUAAAAGAUGCUCGAGCCA